AUGGAGCUUGAAACUGAAGAGAUCAUAGCUUUGUGGGAGACAAUGGGUUUAGUGUUGAAAUGUUCUGUUGGCGAGGGAGAUGAUGAUUUAUGGAAUGCUGUUGAGCUUGUAACUGAUAGGGGUCGAAUAAACCCUUAUGUGAAACUAACACUCUCUGGAGACAAAGUUCCUGGUAAGAAGACAGGUGUUAAACACAUCAAUCUAAAUCCUGAGUGGAACGAAGAAUUCGAUUUGGUUGUCAAAGAUCCAGAGAGCCAAGACUUGCAGCUCAUUGCCUAUGAUUGGGAACAGGUUGGUAAACAUGAUAAGAUAGGAAUGAAUGUGAUUCCAAUCAAAGACCUAACACCAGAGGAACCAAAACUCAUGACGCUUGAGCUCGUGAAAUCCAUGGAACCAAACGAGCCAGUUAGCGAGAAAUCUCGUGGACAGCUCGUUGUGGAAGUCGAAUAUAAACCUUUUAAAGAAGAUGACAUUCCAGACAAUGUUGAUGAUCCAAAUGUCGUUGAGAAGGCACCAGAAGGCACACCUUCUAAUGGUGGUUUGCUUGUGGUGAUUGUUCACGAGGCUGAAGAUUUAGAAGGCAAAUAUCACACAAAUCCUUCUGUUCGUUUUCUGUUCAAAGGAGAAGAACGUAAAACCAAGGUAAACAAAACUUCUCUUACAACCUAA